AUGCUGGGGGUGUUGCUGGAGGUGGUGCUGGUGAUGCUGGAGAUGCUGGGGGUGGUGCUGGUGAUGCUGGUGAUGCUGGGGGUGUUGCUGGCAAUCAUCCACGGAAAGGCGGUUGUCGUCCUGGCACAAGACAGUCGAGAUAUUUUCCAACUGCCGGGGUAUUUGCGCGACCUGCACAACAAUUUCCACGGGGGGCUAGCGGUGUCGUUCCACGACUGCAUCACUGGAGUCGGGGAGGUGGAACAGGCGUGGAAAAGCUACUGCAUGUUCAAGGGGCUGACCCACCGCAAUUGCAAGAUCCAGAAGGAGCUUUUCAGCUACAUCAAAGACAACUGGUCCCACCGCUUCAAGACGGGCCAGCUCUUCGACCUUUCCAAGCGGCUUGCGCACGAUCUGGCAGAUUUGCAGAUUCUAGAAGAGUGGGACACAUUCUUCGGGCUUCUGUCUGCGCACCCUGAGGGCGAGUCCACCUUGACUGUCAUUGAGAACAUGCAGAGUUGCACCAGCGCAGUGUGCAGUAACUUUGCAAACUCCUAUCCUGCCAAGCUGGUGGGCGUUGUUCUGCUGGAGGCCCUCAAGUUCAUGGUUCAUUUGGUUGAGACCGAUGAGUAUCGGACAUUGCCUCCCCCAGCAGCCUUUGCGAAGCACAACCCCAGCUUGUUUGAGAUCUUGAAAACACCCAUAGCCGGGGCUGCCUGGGUGAACAAGCUCUUCAAGAAGCGCAAGGGGGCUACCUCAGCAGCAGGUGACGUGCUGCCUGAGGCUGAUGCGGGCGUCCAACCUGAUGCCAAGCGCAAGAGCAAGGCAAAGGGCAAGGCUAAGGCCAAAGCUAAAUCAAAGACGGGUCUCGCGGGCGAUGACAACAUUGAAGACAAGGACCUUGUGGUCCAGGACAUGAAGAUGGAGCUGGCCGAUUGCCGCCCGAAGUGGUGGCUUGAUGACCUGAUUGGAUGCGGGCCGGAUAAGCUUCUUGCGGAGGAGAACACGAGAAAGGCUUUCAGCGCCUGCGUCAGCUAUGGUCUUGAGUUUUGUUUCUACAAGAUGGUGUCGAUUGGCGGGAAGGUCUACAAGACUUGGUCCCAGGUUCGACCUCAACUGCAGCAGAUGAUGCAUCUUGUGCACAGCGCGCUGCCAGCUGGCAAGGCAGAUACUAUGGUCCAGUCCUUGCUUGCCCAGAUCCGGGACACAAGUGCUCAAAAAGCAGCGUCCGAGCAAGGCAGCGCAUCGUCGCUGCCCAGGAACCUGCCCAUGAUUGCAGUUCAAAGCGCGCAGGCCUGCGGCGUGGCUGAGACCUGGCUACGCGCGAACAGCUCAACGAACAUCUCAGCCCACCCAGCAUUCAGCCGCUUUGUGACCAAGCUCAGGUCAGAGCUCUGCACAUGUGGAGGUGGCCCAAGUGUGCGCAUGUCCUGCGUCACUCAUGGAUCGGAGUCUUCGGCGCUGACCAUGCAGGACAUUUUCUUUGAGAUAGGGAACUGCAUGUUCGAGACCGUGCCAGAGAUGGUGCCCACAGUGGCGCUUGGUGUGUCCAUGCUGCAGAACAUCAUUGACAAGUCUGCAGAAGAUGCGCCUGAGAUGCCUGCCUCGUGUCGGUUCCUGACCAAGAAGGAGGAGUUUUUGACGCCAGAGAACUUCAAGGAUGUCCGCGUGGUGGUCAACCGGGACGCCUUGGACGUCAUGUUGAAUGCCCGCCCGCUCUACAUGGCAGAGGGUCUUAAGGCUGUGUUGGCAGCGCUGCAAUCUACGGGCGAUCUUCUCGGUCUCCGACGCCUUGGCGUAGACCCUGCCACUUUGACAGAGCGCGUGCAGAUCCUGAAAGCCACUCUUCAUGCCGCUUCGAAGCAGUUGCCCGGCCUCUCAGCUGACUCUGACUUCCUGGCUGCAACCAUCGAGGGCAAGUUGUGCCUUCAGGGUGCCGACUCUGUUGCGUGGGGCAGUACUUGGGCCAAAGCCGUGGGGAUGGUCAGCAAGACGAGCGGGGGGUUUCGCCUGCCGGCCGUGUUUGACCUUUUUCCAGAUGGCAAGACAGACGCGAGCGAUGCGACGCGUCCGAUUGAGGUGAAGGACGAGGAGGACUGA